AUGACUUUGAUAUCACUUAGUGUUGUUCCUACAAGUUCUUUUACGAAUCUCGAUGAACUCGAUCAAUCAUUUAUGUAUUCACAAAUUCUCAAAGAAAUUAUUCUCGACAUUAAACAUAAUAAAGUAGCUAAGAAAGAAUUUGUCGAUUUCUGUUGCACUCAUUAUGCUGAUAAUGAUGCUCAGUCAAAUAAAAUACGUGAUUUUGAACGAUUAUAUGAACAUCAUUCACCAAUUUGGUGGUAUACAAAAGAACCCUUUAUUUAUGCAAUACUGAACAAAGCUUUGAGAACACAAGAAAUCGAUGUUAUUAUUAAAAUGGGAUUUUUCAUUCAAGAUCUUCAUCGACAAAUCGAACAACUACACAAAGAAGCAAAUCAAACGUCAAAGAUGAUUAUUUAUCGAGGUCAAGGAAUGUCUAAUGAUGACUUUGAAAAGAUUAAAAAAAGCGAAGGUGGUCUUCUUUCUUUUAACAAUUUUUUAUCAACAAGUAUUGAUCAAGAUGUUUCAUAUAGUUUUGCUGAAAGUGCUGGAGAUAAUCCUCAAUUAAUAGGAAUUUUAUUUCAAAUUGAAAUCGAUCCAUUGAUAUCCACAGUAUCAUUUGCUUCAUUAGACAAUACUAGUCAAUACUCCGAUUCAGAAAAAGAAAUUCUUUUUUCAAUGCAUACGGUGUUUCGCAUUGGUAAAAUCAAAAAAAUUAAAGAUCGUUUAUGGCAAGGGAAUUUGACAUUGACCAAUGAUAAUGAUCAACAAUUAAAACAAUUAACUGAUCAUAUACGAAAGGAACAUCAACAAAAGAACGGAUGGCAUCGUAUGGCUGUAUUAAUGACUACCAUGGGUAAAUUUAAUAAAGCAUUAGAAAUAUUCAACUUAAUACGAGAGAAAAGUUCGACAGCGAACAGUAAUGAACAGUUUGUUAUAGACUCAGCCAUCUAUCAUGACAUAGCUGUAGCAUACCGAGGGAUAGGAGAUAAUCCCAAUGCACUGGCAUACUUUCAAAAAACACUUGAAAUGCAGCGCAAAUUUCUUCCACACAAUCACCCAGAACUGAUUACCACAUAUAAUAAUAUUGGUUCAAUAAAUGAUAUAAUGGGUAAUUAUUCGAUAGCACUCUCAUAUUAUCAAAUGGCACUUGAAAUCCAGAAGACAUUUUUUCCUACAGAUGAUCCCUCAUUAGCCAUUACUUACGGUAACAUUGGAGCAGUACAUAACUCGAUGGGAAACUAUCCAGCCGCACUCUCGUAUUAUAAACAGACACUCAAAAUUGAACAUAAAUCUCUUCCAGCUAAUCAUCCAAAUCUAGCUGCUACUUAUGAACAGAUUGGGUCAAUAUAUGGUUAUAUGGGAGACUACUCCACUGCAUUGUCUUAUCAUAAAAAAGGGCUUGAAAUUCAGCAAAAGACCUUACCACCUGAUCAUCCAAAUCUGGCUAAUACUUACAAGAAUAUGGGAGAGGGCUAUCGAAUGUUAGGCGAUAGUUCGACGGCACUUUCAUAUUAUGAGAAGACACUUGAUAUUGAACUGAAAUCUCUUCAACCCAGUCAUCCAUCAAUAGCUAAUACUUACAGCUGCAUUGCCGCAAUAUAUCAUAUGUUGCAAAAUUACCCAAUUGCAUUAUCAUACUAUGAAAAGGCGCUUGGAAUUAAGCAGCGUUCCUUUCCUUCGGAUCAUCCAUCUAUAGCUAAAACAUACAGUGAGAUCGGUUCACUACAUGAAUCAAUAGAAGAUUAUUCAACUGCACUUUCAUAUUAUGAAAAAGCACUUAAAAUUGAACAAAAAUCUUUGCCAUUCAAUCAUCCAAGCCUGGCGUACAACUACAAUAAGAUUGGUUCUGUGUAUGACUCAAUGAACAAUUAUCCAUCUGCACUCUCAUAUUAUAGAAAGGCACUUGAUAUCCAACAGAAAUCACUUCCACCAAAUCAUGCAGAUCUAGCAAAUACUUACAACAAUAUCGCUCUCAUAUAUCAAUCGACAGACGAUUAUUCGACGGCUCUCUCAUACUAUCAGAAGACACUUGAAAUGAAAGAGACAUCUCAUCCAUAUAAUCAAUCAUUGAUCGCUACCGCUUAUAAUAAUAUUGGUGAGAUGCAUCGUUCGAAGGGAGAUUAUUUGACUGCAUUGUCAUAUUAUGAAAAAACUCUUUCAAUCUGGCAGAAAUUUCUCCCACCCAAUCAUACAUCACUAGCCAUCUUGAAUGCUAACAUGGCGAUGGCUUUCAAAGGUCUCUGUCAAUAUAAAGAAGCCAUUAAGCAUGCUGAACAAGCUGUAAACAUUACUAGAUGUAAUUAUGGUCUUCGUCAUUCCAGAACAAUGGCUUAUCAAAAACUUCUUGAUGACCUCCAACGAAAUGAAUGA